UGCAACAUAACAUUGCACCAGACAAAAAUAUUAACCUUCUUAAAGGAGGAACAUUAUGACAUUGCGGUGGUGGACGCAUUCAACCCGUGUACUUUCUUGGUCUCUGAGAAGCUGGGACUCCCAUUUAUUGCUUUCUUUCCUGGGAUUAUGGCCAAUGCUGACCGUGUAGGAAUGCCGAGUCCUCUGUCCUAUAUUCCAUUGUUCCAGACGCAGCUUACUGACCAGAUGGAUUUCUUUGGGCGUUUAAAGAACACAAUGAUGUUUCUGGGUUCAUCAGUAAUCCAGAAAAUGAUUGACUCAGUAUUUGAUGGUGUCAUCGAAGAACAUUUUCCUGCUGAGUCUAGACCAAAUAUACCCGAUCUUCAUUUAAAAGCUGAGCUCUGGCUGUACAACGUAGACUUCACCCUUGAGUUUCCUCGUCCACUUCUGCCUCAUGUUCAGUACAUUGGGGGAUUAUUGGCCAAACCUGUAAAACCAUUAUCACAAGAAUUGGAAGACUUUAUAUCUGAGUCCGGAGAUGCUGGUUUCAUCGUGGUGACUCUGGGAUCGAUGUUGUCCUCACUUCCUCUAGUGGAAUUCCACGAGGAGAUGAACAGUGGAUUAGCUAAGAUUGAGCAGAAGGUGAUCUGGAGGUAUGAGAGGUCAAAAUGGCCACAAAAUGUGGAAAUUCCUCCAAAUGUGAAAAUUAUGGACUGGUUGUCACAGAACGAUUUAUUGGGGCACUCUAAAGUGCGUCUUCUAGUGACACAUGGGGGAAUGAACAGUUUGAUGGAAGCUGUGUAUCAUGGAGUUCCUGUUCUUGGGAUUCCACUUUUUGGGGAUCAGUAUGAAAACAUGGUCAGAAUAAAAGCCAAACAAAUGGGAACCUUUAUUCCACCCAAGCAACUUAAGGCUGAAAACUUUGCAAGCACUAUUAAACAUGUCAUCGAAAAUAAAAGCUACAAGACAUCAGCAAUGAAGCUAAGGACUAUUAGAAGGUCACAGCCCUUUCCUCCAGACCAGCAAUUAUUGAGAUGGGUGGAGCACACAUUAUCCAAUCUGGUGGAGGUGGUCAUCUUCAUCCCUAUUCUUACAAACUCUCCUGGUAUCAAUAUUGGCUGCUGGAUGUCAUUCUAUUCCUCUUUGUCAUCCUCACUAUGGCCAUCUACUUCAUUGUGA